AGCAGGAGGAGGGGAAACCGCGCCGCCGGGGAGGGAAGCCGAGGCGCGGCGAGGCGGUGGCGGGAGGAGGAGACAGCGGGGAAAGGUGUCAGAUAAAGGAGGGCUCUCAGGUUUGGAGGCAUCAUGGCCGCUAAGUCAGACGGGCGGCUGAAAAUGAAGAAGAGCAGCGACGUGGCGUUCACCCCGCUGCAGAACUCGGACCACUCGGGCUCGGUGCAAGGCUUGGCUCCGGGCUUGCCGUCGGGGUCGGGAGCCGAGGACGAGGAGGCCGCUGGGGGUGGCUGCUGCCCGGACGGCGGCGGCUGUUCGCGCUGCUGCUGCUGCUGCUGCGCCGGGAGCGGCGGCUCGGGCGGCGGCGGGGCGGGCUCCGCGGCGCUGUGCCUGCGCCUGGGCAGGGAGCAGAGGCGCUACUCGCUGUGGGACUGCCUCUGGAUCCUGGCCGCCGUGGCCGUGUACUUCGCGGACGUGGGCACGGACAUCUGGCUCGCAGUGGACUACUACUUGCGUGGCCAGCGCUGGUGGUUCGGGCUCACUCUCUUCUUCGUGGUGCUUGGCUCGCUCUCGGUGCAAGUGUUCAGCUUCCGCUGGUUUGUGCACGAUUUCAGCACCGAGGACAGCGCCACAACCGCCGCCGCCUCCAGCUGCGCGCAGUCUGGAGCCGAGUGUAAGACCAUGGUUACUAGUGGGUCUGCAGCCGCGGAAGGCGAGCCUCGCCCUUCCACGCCGCAAAGGCAAGCAUCCAACGCCAGCAAGAGCAACAUCACCGCUACCAGCACUGGCAGCAACAGCGGCGGGGCCAGCGGCAAACACAGGUCUGCCUCCUGCUCCUUCUGCAUCUGGCUCCUGCAGUCACUCAUCCACAUCUUGCAGCUCGGGCAAAUCUGGAGUGAUAAUUUCCUGAUGCACCCCUAUCUCUCCCGUGUCCUUCCGCACUGGUUGUCCAGGAUCAGUUGUUUGAAUUCACAUGAAGGCAAGGUGAUUACUUCUGGUCAGAAGGCAAAAUCUUUCAUGAUACGUGGCAGUAGAGAGUCAAAGAAAUUUCUGGAAAAACAGGAUGUCAAUGCUUAA